GCUGAACUACGACGAAUACGGCUUGUUACUUUUAAGAAGUGUCAGCUAAGUAUUUAAAUGCGGUUAGGUCUAAUACUUUCUUGUCUACGGUGUCUUUUCCUAUAAUAAACGAUUAGUCAGAUCAAAACAUAAGCAGAGCAGGCGCUAGCCUAACGUACUGUUUCAACAUUCAAAACAGGCUGUUUUUAUUGCAUCGUAUGCCAUUAAAAGUCCUCGGUUCAGAAUUAUGAUGGAUUUUGGUUUAUUUUGUUUUAAAUUGGGACUGGGAAUUGUGGGAUAGGCUGAGUGAACAGCACAGUAACAUAGGCUAUAACUUGGACUACGUGUUAAUAUAAAACAAUUCUCCCCCGGGAACAUUGUGCUGUUUAAGAUGCAGUCUCAACGUUUGAGAAAGAAUUCAUUGGAGUCCUCAUCAUCAUAUUUUCAUAACAAAUAAAGCUUUAAAAACAUGAAUGCAUUUCAGGUGCCACUCUAAUCGAUUAUGGAUUAAUCCAAAACUAUUCGUCAGAUUAGUUAGCAUGAAAUCGUUGUGUGCCUGCCUGGGACUAUGGCUAGCUAGCUCUUCCACCCGGUUUACCCUGUACAGUGUUUUUUAAAAGGCUGUUGGACUUAAUGGAACAAGUGCAUGGAGAACGAUGUGAAGAAUGUGAUCGAUACCAUACAGCCAGCCUACGUGAGUAACUUUAUCUCUGUGUUAUCCAAAUGUCUUAAAGUUAGCGAGGUUGAGUCUGCUAAAACACCAACACCCCAGUACGGACCCGAGAUGGAAGUUUCUCAACCUAGCUUCUCGCGCUGGCCCCUUUAGCUGGGCUGGCUUUGGUCGGCCGAAUAUCAAUCCAACAGGGGAAGAAUAGAAUACGGCUAUAUGUCGAUUUUGCAACAAAUUAUUCCGACUUUGCAGUGUGGCUGCUGGCCGUGUUCAAUUGGAAACUCAUAGAAACUCUGGGGCGAUUUUCAUCAAUCAACCUCACGCACAUAACCAGAGAAUACCGAUAUGGUUAUACAAAUAAGAUACCUAAAAACAACUAAGUAGCAACUUUGUGUGAAAAGAGAAAUGCAACCAGAAUAUAACGUUUUUUUCUUUAGUUGUAAUAACGUUCGGGAAACUUUGAUAACCUGGAGCUAACGUUCUCUCCAGGGUAUUAGAAGGUUACUGAUAAAUUAACCACAGGAGAACCAGCGGCUAACGUUAUUUGCUUGCUGGGAUUCAACCAGAAUAUAACGUUUUUUUCUUUAGUUGUAAAAACGUUAGGGGAACGUUAUUUGUUUUGACAACCUGGAGAUAACGUUCUCUAAACGUUAUUAGUAGGUUGCUGAAAAACGAACCAUAGGGGAACCAAAAGCUAACGUUAGUGAAAGUUAGCAGAACGUUAAUUGUUUGCUGGGAUGAUUUAGUGGGCAUAGACGUUAAUUCGCAUAACACCAUCUAGGCUACCCAUUGUCAGAUAGGCAUGAGUUUAACGAUUCCACUUUUCAUGAUGACAAGUUCCCUAAAUUCGAUGUACUGUGAUGAUGAAUUUGACCAGUAGAGGGUAGCGUAAGUGCAUUGAUUGGGCUAUGAAGGGUUCAGUCGCCAGAACAUUCCUCCACUUUAACACCACCCUACUCUGGUAUGGUGUGGCACCACAAUCCUAAGAACAUUGUAACAAACGCAAGCUCAGCUUGUGGUGACUAUGAAAACUAUUUGACAAAUUGUCAAGAAAUGUCGGUUGUGCAUCAAAGUAGGCAGCUGUUUUGUGGAAAACAAUGAAAUGCCUCCGCAAUUGCAUAGGUCAAUUAGUUCCUGUUUCUCAACAGUUUAUAAACAUGGGCAUGUUCAGAAAAGGGGGUGGCAUGCAAAGAACCCUAGGCCUGGCCCAGUCACUGAUCAGGAGUAACAAAAUGUUGAGCAACAUUCAAUCAGUGAAACAUUUUCCCUAAUAAACACUGGCUGGUAUAGUGUGUUGUCCAAACUGUUUCCCCAUUUACAGAGCAUGCAGCAGAGCUGUGCAUGAACAGUUCUGUUUUUUUUUUUCAGUGCAUGCACAAAAUGGGGAGGAUCAUGAAGAGCAAAUAGCAAGAGUCUUGGAUAUUGCAAACAUUGCAAAAAAUAACAACUAUUUUGCAUUUAAAAUCUGGUCAAUUUGUUUAUUUUGCUCCACGAUGAUCCAGAAAUGGGAUGGCAACCAAUUUAUCUAAUCUAACUGAAUCGCUGUUGAAUAUUCCAGAAUCAAUAUUCCCUUUAGUGGUGUUUGUUCUGGCACAGAUUUAUAGUGGGAGACCUCCGUAACAAGUGUUCUUGAGCAGGCCCAGUGGGGGGUGGCAUAGGCCUAAAAUUGUUCCCCAUUAGUGUGAUUUUUCUCAGGAAAAGGGACCUAAUGUCUAUCAGGGCAUCAGCAAGUAUAAUAUUUACAUUUACAUUUAGUCAUUUGACUGACGCUUUUAUCCAAACAACGACUUCUAUCGAUCAAAGUACAAUAUGCCACACAUGACAUAUAAUAUCUUGACGUUGGCUAAGUUAUUCCUUUUUGACAUUAUGUCACUCUUGAAGCAUGUGAAUCCCUCUGUCCCGAAGAAAAUGUUUAUUCUGACAAUACAGCCCCUGGAGAUCCCUGAUGUCCCCUCUGUUGCUGAACUCAACAGCAGGCUCUUAUAUUGAGCUAGGAACGAACCACAUAUCAGUGGAGCCUAUUCUGGGCUGAAUGUCUCUCUUGGCUGUUUUUUCACCAGACUAUAGGCCUAAUAAAUAGCAUAACAAUAGCCUACGCUCUGUUUCUGGUGGAAAGAGCAAAUGGGAAAAGGGGGAACAGAAAGUGAGGAGUUAUAUGUGCAUGUCUAAAGACUUCUGUUCAGUUUACACAGCCUAAUUAAUUCAUUCUUAUGGUCUGUAGGCCUACAGGCUAUUUAUGUUUAUUGUUUGUUUCCAUUAUUGAUAGGCUUAGCCUAUUUGAUAUUGCAUUGGUAUUACUGUCAUUAUAGGCUACUAUUUUGCUUAAUAGAGAAGCUUACCAACAAAACUCUUACUGUGAUUUUUGACUAUGUAAUAUUCUUGCGCUUGCUAAAUACAAUAACCAUAACCAUAGGCUAAGCUUGCAUGUUGUGUACAUCUGACUGUGUUUAUUUCUAUGUGACUGAGCCAUCUUGGCUCUAGGCUAAUAGGCUGUGCGGUCUACAAAACUCCCCCAUCACCUCUUCUUUUGAUUACUACGGUCUGGCCAACGACGGAGUAGUUCGAACCAGUUUCACUUUCCGACUCUCAUCGCAUCUACUGCAAGCUAGUACAAGAAGUGUAUCCCGGAAAACUAUCAAUGUGAAACGAGUCUGCGAUUAUGGCCAUGGUGCUGGAUAUAAAUAUGAAGUCGUCCGACCUCAUCAAGAAAGAGCCGUUGGACUACGGGGGAUUUGGGGAGGUCUAUCUCUGCUAUCACAAAACACUUGGCCAAGUAGUCAUGAAAACUGUGUACACUGGUCCACCGCGAAAUGAAGGUCAUCGGCAGUCUCUGUUGGAUGAAGGCAGUCUGAUGAAGAGACUGAAUCACGAGCGGGUGGUGAAGUUGCUGGGCGUGAUCCUGGAGGAUGGGGACUACUCGCUGGUCAUGGAGCUCAUCCCCAAGGGCAACCUGCUGAACAUGCUGGAGGAGGUGUCUGUUCCACUGUCCAUCAAAGGAAGAAUCAUUGCAGAGAUACUUGAAGGCAUGGUGUACCUAACAAAGAACCGUGUUAUUCAUAAAGAUUUGAAGCCAGAGAACAUAUUGGUGGAUGAUGGCUUCCAUAUCAAGAUUGCAGACCUGGGUUUAGCCACUUGCCAGAUGUGGAGCAAGCUGACCAAGGAGGAGUCUCGCAGGAAGAGCCAAUCGGGUCGCGGCGGCGGUGCACGUGGGGCAGGUACCCUUUACUACAUGGCCCCGGAGCACCUGGAGAGCAUACACACCCGCUCCUCCGAGAAGUCGGACAUCUACAGCUUCGCCAUCGUCGUCUGGGUAAUCCUGACCAACAGGGAACCAUAUGAGAAUGCUAGGUCUGAAGACCAAAUCUGUCAGUGUGUGCGCAAGGGGGAUCGGCCAGAAGACGAGAGCAUUCCAGAAGACACGCCACAAGAGAUCAUCUCGCUGAUGAAGCAGUGUUGGGACCCGGACCCUGUAAAGCGCCCAACCUUCGAAGAGGCUUACGAGAGGUUCCUCCCCUUCUACAAAGAGCGCCUACAGAAUGACGUGGAGAAGGACAUUCAGAAACUCAGGGGCUUGUAUACGGGCCCAAAGGAAUUGGUGGAGAAGAUGAAAUUUCUCAGAAUGGAGCAGCCCAACUUCAUAUCACCCGAAAAGCGCUCCAUGGCCACUCAUGCCACGGACACCCCGGCGUCUCUGCGGAGCUCCGAGAUGGCUCCCGUGGAGGCCAGCAUCGAGGACCUGCACUUCUGCGCCAUGGGCCCUGAGCCGAGCCUACAGGUGGACGCGUCCCCGGUCCUGGAGCACAAGCUGGCCCAGGAGCUCAACUACCACAAGCACGGCAGCUACAGCCAGAUCGACCAGCCCGACAGUGGGCACUGCCAGCCAGUAUCACAGCAACAGCCGCCGAUGACGUCGUACGGCAUGCCCGCCGCCGCCGCCUACCCGCCACAACAACUGCCACUGCCCGCCAACGGUCGCUGGCCCUGCCAGGAGUCGUCCACUGUUCAUUCGUGGAACAAAGCCGACACCACCCCGCAAAGCCCAGAGGACAAUUCCAUGGCUCACCCUAUUGGAGGGGCGCCGGACCCAAGGUACCGGACCCAGAUGUCAGGAGGGAGUGCGUAUCCUGAUCAGCACCCCCGCUUGGAACGGAAUAUGUCCUGGCCCAACUACCCUGUGCCAGAGUCAGAGUACAUGCCUGGCAGUAUGCGAGCUAAUGCCGCACGAGGGCCUUCCCAAGAGGGUGGCCUUCACAUUGUUGGGGGCCGUGCCAUCCAAAUUGGGCACGGUAACACAAUGAGUAUCAUCUCCCCUGAACCUGCCUCCAUUGCGUCUCAGUCUAACGGAGGGUCCCCUGUCAUGUACAAAGAGCUCCUGCAGAAGUAUCAAGACCACGCCGUGACCGAGGACCACCUGGACCUGCUACGGGACAACAUCGCCGGCAACUGGAAGAAGUGCGCGCGGCGCCUGGGCCUGACCGACGUGGAGGUGGACACCAUCGACCACGACUACAACCGCGACGGCCUGAGCGAGAAGGUGCACCAGAUGCUGGAGCGCUGGCGCAUGAAGGAGGGCAGCGUGGGCUGCACGGUGGGCCGCCUCUACCGGGCGCUCAGCGAGUGCGUCAAGGUGGACCUGCUGCACCGGCUGCUGCUCACCUGCCGAGAGAGCGCGGGCCCCUGAGCUGGGCGAGAAGAAGAAGGAACCGUUACCCAGUUACGCGACUGAAACUUACUGUCAAUCGGUGAAGCGUCCACUGGCUUCACAACAAGCGACAUCAACUUUAUUUGUUCUCGUAUAAGAGCCCAAACAAAUGAGUACGAUGAAUGAAGGAUGAUUGAAUGAAUGUUUUAUAUACACACAAGCUCCUACCUGCCCCCCACCCCCACCCCAGUCUCAUGGUCCUGCCUGUGUCGUGGCCUCUUCUACCUCUUUGUUUGGGUGACGACGGAAUGACAACAGCGCAGAGACGACAGAGAAAACCAAAGUUUGGACCAUGUUGGUCCAAUUAGUGCUGUCAUUUAACUGAUGAGGUACCAAUGAUAAGGAUCUGGUUCAGUAGGACUAUCAGGUCAAAUUGUUUUAUUGAAGUCUAUCAUAAACCGUCAAAAGAAUGUCAAGUCUUGUUUAGAACUAGGGCUGUAAGUAACAGUUAUUUUGAUAGUCUAUUCAUCUGUAGAUAACCAGACCAGUUUGUACCAAUUAAAUCGCAUUAUACGGUGAUGGACGGAUGAGCAAUGCAGUCUGGUCAUUCACGUCACCUUUUGAUCACAAGUUGAUUUUGAUUACUUUAAAAUGGCUGUCUCUAUAGAAGUUAGAUAUGCAGGUUUCCCUAUUGCAUCUGUUGUACAAUGUUUUGACAGUGCAAUAACUUUCAAAAACAAUCAAAGAACAGAGAUUAAGGCAUUUGCCGAGAAGAAGGAUUUUUUGACUGUUUUUUCUACAGGAUUCACAUAUUCUGUUGCUUUGAUUGAUAAGGUCUAUCCCAUUUUCCCCUGUAUCUGUUGAAACCCAUAAUCAUAUCCCAGUGGUGUGGUACCAGACUCAAAUUCUGAAUAUAAUUGAGUCUGGCUGCGUCAAACUACAUUUAGUAUGUUUUUUUUGUUUGUUUGUUUGUUUGCACAGAUUUACAAGAACUUGUGAAAAUUGGCAUCUUGUAGACAUUUAGUACAAUAGACUAUGUCAGAACCUUUUUUUAUUUAAUUCUCUGGCCAUGUCCUAAUGGAAAUUGACCUAGAAAACUGUGAAAAAAAUGCAUAUUAGUCUAAAAGAUUGAUCAUGAAUUUUCCAGAUAGGUAUUGAAUUGACUACUUUAUUGAUUUGAUCGAUCAAUUAAAUUAUAUAUUUUUGCACAUUCAUAAACUUAACAGAAGUUAAAUCCUAUGAUCCCCUCUCUCAUGUAUAGAAACACACAAGCGCUGUAUCAUUCAAUCUCAAAUAGAGCCUAUAAAACAAAAUGAAAAAAAAAUGGAAAAAAAAACAGACAAAACAAAAAAACAUGGAGAAUCAUGGUGUCAUUGUAAUACUGACCUUAGCUAUUGUUGGACGUGCAUGCCAGUGUUUUGCUGUGUGAGGGCAAACUGUAGCCUCAUAUUUGUUAAAUGUUGUCAUACUGUAUAGUGUUUUCAUGUGUUUUACUUGUCCACUGGAGGAAACUAACAAAAAUCUCUUUUUUAUAUGAUGAUACUAAACCCAACAGGCUCAAAAAUGCUGUGUCGUUGUCAUUCAUAUAGAACGUUUGAAGUAUCUGAAGCACACAUUUGUCGAUAUUGGUCCAGACACAGACACACUCACACACACAGAGACUCACAGACGACUCACAGUUCUAGUGACUAAUAUAGAAAAUAUCUACCUCAGAUUUUCCCCCUUCCCAAGCAUUGAACUGUGAAAGGGGUUAUGUAACAUCACUGACAUUAGCACCUCCUUGUGGCAAUGUGUCUCAGGAUAAUGAUGGAGAAAAACGCCUGCUCAAUACCGUGAACAGCAGCAUAAUGCUCAGAACCUUCUGGGUUUUGUGGAAUAUGCAGCAAAGUACAGUAAUUUCACAGCUCCUGUCUUCCAGCUAGUUACAGUCCCACAACAAACACAAUCAACGCUCAAGCAAAGGAUAAUCACAUAGUCUGUGUAUAACAGUCUGUCUGUUCACCGAUGCAUUUCACUUCACAGUUCUGGAGGAGUGGUUCCCCUUUUCUUUAUGUGAAACCAACAGCGAAGUAACGUAUGCCUUCUGAUAUAUAGUGAGGAAGUAGAGAUUUUGAAUUCUAAAUAAUACAUUUAAAUACUCUGUGGGAGGUAAUCCGGCUAAGUUCAAGGACAGCAGACACCAUGUCA